UUCCACUUGCACACUGAUUUAAGUCAAACUAUAGUAAUAGAUCCAGAAGGCUUAAAAGGAAAGCAACGGUGCUUCUUCUUCUUCUGAGAGAGAGACAGAGAGACCAGAAAACAGGGGAUCGCCAUCGGAGUCGGAAAUGGGUUUCACAAUGGGUUUGAACUUGCUUCUACUCGUGGCCAUGGUGGCGACCAACAUUCUCUCUCUUUACCAUCUCUCUUCCACUAUCCAAGCACCCAAACCCCCACCUCCCCAACAAGUUCCCGACCACCUCCUUCACCAGCUUCACACCAUACGCGCCACCAUCAACCACCUCACGCGCCACCACCCCGGUUCUUCUUCCGGAGUUAGUUCCGGUAAUAGCAAACCUCCCGUUCCUUCAGAUCUCGUCCUCUAUUCCCAUCUAUCCCCCAUAGCUUCUUCUUGCCAUGACAACCCUGACCUUCUCCACAGGUACAUGAACUACACUCCUUUCUCUACCUGUCCGUUAGAUUCGGACCUCGCCGAGUCUCUCGUUCUUCGAGGUUGUCAUCCACUUCCUCGUCGUCGUUGUUUCUCUAAAACCCCAACAAAACCCACUUCUUCUCUUUCCCAAGACCCCUUCCCUUCCUCGCUUCCCGAUUCCAACGUCUUGUGGGCCAAAUACUCCUGCAAGAGCUUCGACUGCCUCAACCGGUUCAAUCCCAAUCUGGGCUUCGACCCGGCCCACGAUAUUGCUAAUUUCAUGACUUACAAGUCCGAAUUGGACCUCCCGAUCCCGCAGCUGUUGCAGAUUGCCAAGGCGGCGAACUCCGUCAUUCGUCUAGGCCUUGACGUCGGCGGUGGGACGGGAACGUUCGCCGCAAGGAUGAAGCUCUACAAUAUCACCGUCGUGACCACGACCAUGAACCUCGGAGCGCCGUACAAUGAGGCCGUGGCGCUGAGAGGUUUGGUGCCGCUCCACGUGCCGUUGCAGCAGAGAUUGCCCGUGUUCGAUGGGGUUCUGGAUCUCGUGCGGUGCGGUCACGCAGUUAACAGGUGGAUUCCCGUGACGGCGUUGGAGUUCUUGCUUUAUGAUGUCGAUAGGGUGCUGAGGGGAGGUGGGUACUUGUGGUUGGAUCAUUUCUUCAGCAAAGGAGUGGAUCUUGAGAAAGUUUACUCGCCGUUGAUCGGAAAACUGGGAUAUCGGAAGGUUAAGUGGGCAACGGCGAGUAAGACCGAUUCCGGCGGGUUGAAGAAUGGGGAGGUUUACUUGACUGCUCUUCUGCAGAAGCCUGUGUCAAAAUGAGUUAGAAAUUUUUUUUUUUGAGGGCAGGGCACUGUUUAGACAAUUAUAAAAGCGAUAUAAGCUGUGAUGAAGAUGAAAAUUGCCCCUCCAAAUCAAGUAUUGAAGCUACCUAUUUAUUUCCACAGAAGUGGAUUAUACCUUAUGUAGACAAUUGUGGAAUAUAAUGUUAGAAAGCAUAGGGAAUGAAGGUGAGUUUGUAAAUCUACCGAAAGCUUUGGGGGUGAAAAGCAUGGUGGAGGUGACGGCAGAGCUUGACUUCUUGUAAGAUAAAGUUAUUCGUUUUAAUUCUUUUUAGAAAUAAAUAUGCACAAGGGAGAUUUUAUGAUUCUGUCCAUGUUCAUAUCCUGGUAACUAAAAAAGCAAAGAAGGACGGAAAUGGUUCAGAGAAAGAACUUUUCCUCUCCUCUUUCCACCAGGUUUCUCGCUUUUACAUAAUCAAGCAUUCAUAUGUCGUAUUCCUGUUGAUACUUAGACAUAAGGCAGUCCUUUUACUCUUCUAGAUUUUCUAUGAUUUGUAUUGAUAUUUUUGUUAUAAUUCAAUGCAACUGACAGCAAAUUUAAUUCCA